GAGAUAAAAGCUGCACACACUGUCAGGCUAGACAGAAGAGAGAAAUCUUCAUCAGACAUCAUCAACGAACAGUUGAAAACUCAGAGCCAUGCUGCGCUUCGUUUUCUUCCUCAUGUGUCUUUUGCAGUUAAGGCACACAAUGCUGGGUGUUAUGGGAGCUGUCACCCCAAAGCCAAUUAUCAUAAACGGCACCUACAUAAACCCAGAAUUAGGCAAGUAUCAUGCUAGGUUGAGGACCAUCGCUCGCAGCUGCUUGUAUAUCAAAGAGAAACACGGCGCCUCGCAGGAUGGCAUGUACAUCCUGACAACAGAGAGCGGUACAUACUACCAGACUUUCUGUGACAUGACCACAGCCGGCGGUGGCUGGACUCUGGUGGCCAGUGUCCAUGAGAACAACAUCAAUGGGAAGUGUUCUCUUGGUGAUCGCUGGUCAAGCCAGCAGGGAAAUGACCAAAACCUGCCUGAAGGAGACGGAACAUGGGCCAACACUGUUACGUUUGGCACCGCUGAGGCCUCUACUAGUGACGACUACAAGAAUCCUGGGUACUAUGACAUCUCUGCACAAGACGUGUCAGUGUGGCACAUUCCCAAUAAUGAGCAGCUGAAGAGCUGGACGUCUUCUGCUAUCCUGCGCUACCAUACAGAAAGCCAGUUCCUCACAGAGCAUGGUGGAAACCUUUACCACUUAUUCAAGGUGAAACACACUAUUCUGUUUAUAAUCACCCCAUAAAACUCAACAUGCUCAUAUGUACUUCUACCAUAUGCUUACUGAAAUAAAAGUGCAGAUACUUAAAGUCUCAAUACACUGAAAUAUGUGACCCUGGAGCACAAAAGCAGUCAUAAGUCGCUGGGGUAUAUUUGUAGCAAU